UCGCCCACCCCCGUGCGGCGCCGCUGCAGCCCCCGCGCGCAUAUAGGCUCCUCCGCCGCACUGCCCGCGUUGCCGCCGCUGCCGCCUCCUCCAGGCAUGGCACAGGGCUGUACCUCACUAUGGCAGCAGCGCGGCACAGCACCCUGGACUUCCUGCUCGGCGCCACAGCUGAUUGCAAUGCUGUUCUUAAAGCUCUACAGCCCAUUUUUCAGGAGCAGGGAAUGACAGAAACAGUCCAUAACUGGGAAGACCAUGGCUAUUUAGCAACCUACAUCAAGAAAAAUGGCAGUUUUGCCAAUUUGAGAAUUCACCCUCAUGGAUUAGUGUUGGUGGAUCUGCAGAGCUACAGUGAUUGUACAAAAGGAAGAGAGGAAGUUGAUCAGCUUCUAAACAAAAUAGAAGAGAGAAUGAAAGAAUUGUUUCAUGGUAACAUAAAAAGGGUGAAACGAUUGCCAGCCAUUUUGAGGGGAGAUGUCAUUGAUAGAUACUGGCCCACAGCUGAUGGGCGCCUGGUGGAGUACGACAUAGAUGAAGUUGUUUAUGAUGAAGAUUCACCCUUUCAAAAUAUUAAAAUCCUGCAUUCAAAACAGUUUGGGAAUAUUCUUAUCCUCAGUGGGGAUGUCAAUCUGGCAGAAAGUGACCUGGCAUAUACUCAAGCCAUAAUGGGCAGCGGAAAGGAAGACUACACUGGGAAAGAAGUGCUAAUCCUAGGAGGUGGUGAUGGAGGUAUAUUAUAUGAGAUAGUCAAACUGAAGCCAAAGAUGGUUACUAUGGUAGAGAUUGACCAAAUGGUGAUCGACGGGUGUAAAAAAUACAUGCGUAAAACAUGUGGAGAUGUCUUAGACAAUCUGAAUGGAGAAUGCUAUCAGGUUCUGAUUGAAGACUGUAUUCCUGUAUUGAAGAGGUAUGCCAAAGAAGGAAGGAUGUUUGAUUAUGUAAUUAAUGAUCUGACAGCUGUUCCAAUCUCCACAUCUCCAGAAGAAGAUUCCACGUGGGAAUUUCUGCGGUUGAUUCUUGACCUCUCAAUGAAGGUCCUGAAACAAGAUGGAAAAUACUUCACACAGGGAAACUGUAUCAAUCUGACCGAUGCCUUGACUCUAUAUGAAGAGCAGCUUGGCAGGCUUUAUUGUCCUGUGGAGUUUUCAAAAGAAACUGUGUGUGUUCCCUCCUACAUGGAAUUAUGGGUGUUCUACACUAUUUGGAAGAAACAAACGGACAUCUGAACAUCGAGAUUAUUUGAGAUUAUCCUAAAUGUACAUGCUGCAUGGAGCAUAAAGGCCUGCCACGUGCUGCAUAUUGUCAUCUUGAACCUUUAAAUUAUAUGCUGUAGAUGAUCCUGAAACUUAGUCAUACUAUUGAUUGUGAAUUCUUUAAAUGUUUUUAUUAUUAUUUUAAUUUAAAAGCAAAUGGAAAAUGUAUAUUUUGAUGAGCUAGGGUGUUAUUUUUGAAAGUCAACUUAAAGAUGAAUAAGCAGCAAACCUAUAUAGCUGCUGAAUGCACUGAACCUUUAGAAUGUGAUCCUUUUUAUUUUUUUGUAGAUCUUCACAAGCUGAUUAAAAAAGACAUCUUUAGCAUUUCACCCCUGAAGGGUGGUCCAUGGAGUUUGUUUGUGGGUUAUAUUUGGUUUUUCUACCGGAUUCUUUUUAUGGUGCUUUUUAAGGAUGGAGGGGGUUUUUGAUUUUUAAAAAUUAACAUUGCAGUGCUUCUGUACAGAGAAAGGCAUAACUAAAGAAGGAAAAAAAUCUUCUGAAAGAAUACCCCAAACUGUUCAUUGCAAAGGAAUAAAGCUAGUCUUUAAUUUUGUUUAUUCACUCUAGUUUAUUUUGCUAUAAUCUCUUCUGCAGGAGAAGCUUUGACCUUUCACCUCAUGGAAUUCUUUAGCUGCUGCCGUUUUGAUAAUUUAGAUUUUUUGAUAGGGAUUUAACAGUAGGUUAUAGAGGCACUUUGAACUCUGGCAUGAAAAUUAAAGCUGGUGUUCCAUCCCACCACACAAAAUGCAAGAAAUUGCAUGUAAUGAUGUUCUUGUGGGCAUAUGUUCCUCAACCUUAUGGGAAGCACUAGGUUUUAAAGAAAGGUUGCUUUAGAGGGCAAAGAAAUGUGGGUACGAUCUAGAUUCAUGUGCGUCAGUACUGACUGUUUUGAGUCAAGUAUGUGUACUUCAGUAGGGUAAGUCCUGGUUGUAUUGCCACAGGCUGACAAUGUUGUGUGGGGCUCUUGCUGAAUUAGGUCCACUUGCAGUAUAAAAGUCAGUGGAAGCUGGGUUGCAUUAUAGUUUUGUCCUGAAAGAUAAGGCAUUUUUCUCUUUCUCAUGUUGUCUGAAAAGUUAUAUUUUUGUAAGAAUGUCCAAUGUGUUGACUAAACCUUUGCUUUCAAUGUUUAAAAGAUCCCACUUGAAGGGAGAUAGGAAGGACUGUAACCCUUCUGUGCAUUUCCAAGAUAGAAUAAAAAGUGCACUAUUUCCCUAAACACUUCAAUCCUGGGCCAUAAUGAUUUUUUUUUUUUCGUUUAACACCUACUAUCAACAUUUUCUUUGUUUUGUUAGAGGGAGUUGUGCUCACCCACACACGCCCCCCCAAGAUACUAUUAAUGAAAACAAUACAAACUACUACUAAGAUCUGUAUUCUGAAAUCAUAUAUAAAGAAUAAUUUUACUGUGUCCAACAUACAUCAACUGUUCAUGAAAUCAGGUAUCUUACGCAGAUUUCCAGAUACUGGAAAACUUGAAAACAUCUUCUCUUCAUUUGACAUAUAAUUGUGCCAUUAAUAUGCUUUCAGUUUGGAGAGCCAAUAGAAGUAUUCUUCAGUCUUACUGUUCUAUGUUAUUGCAUUUAAUGUUAAUUUGUUAAUGUAUAUUGGGCACAGUUCUUCUGUGCCCUACACCUUAUGCAUCCCUCAGUACUCCCAAAGAGCAGAGCCUCCAUCUAAGCAGGAGAGAAGUAUCUUGCAUUUCCACGAGUGUUUUAGCUCUGUUGUAUACCUCCCAGAAAAUACCUUGAUAUUAUUGCCUAUUACUUAGUAGUGAUCCUUCAUUUAUGAUACAGGACUGCAAUCUGUAUAUUGUAUAGCUGCAAAUUAAUGCAAUCCUGUAAACAGUUACAUGUACCCUUAACUUUGCAAGCAUGAAUAUUCCCAUUGAUUCUUACUGUGUUUACUCAUGUAAGUGAAAUUAAGCACAUGGGCAUUCACUGGGAUGCGGUUUAUGGCAUAUAUGUUCCUGAGUGAACUUGAUAGAUGUAGAAAUUGGUCACAGGUGGGGGUGGUUGUUGUCUAGCGAAGAAACUUGUGAACUGGAAGGUGACUUAAUAUGGUUGCUGGCUUGCCGUACCAAGGCUAGCACUUUCUUUAGCAUCGCUGCACAAGGCUGCCAGAACACAGAUGCUGGGUGUGCAGGAAUGUUCUGUGAUCAGCUCCCAGAAUGAUGAGGGGACCUGAAUUAUAUAUUGGUAAGUGAAAGGCAGCAGUGCUUGCAAAUCUUUCAUUUUCAAUUGAUAAAGUAUAAAGAGAGAUGGAGGAUUUUUUUUUCUGUAAAUUUUUCUAACGUAGGAUUCUUUUGUAAGUGAUACAUGCAGUAUAAAGCAAUUCAGUAAACACUGAACUUUAUAUUUUUUAAGUUGCUGAAUUGAUUUUGAGCAAAUAUAUAUACACUGUCAGUCUAUUUGUUGUUGUAGUGUAGAUUUCUAAAGGAAAAAAACCUCUUUGUAUUAGAAUUUUCAAAUGCAAACAGUUGAUUAUCCAUGUUUAAGGCCAGUGGGAAAUAGCUAUGGUUGCUGCACUAUGUAUGCAAAUAGUUCAUGAGUUCUGGUUGCCAUUAGGGUUUUCUUUAAUAAUUCUUUGCACCACAUGCUGCUUCCACCUUGAAAUGUGAUCUUAUUGUUUCAGAGCUUGAUUGAUAGUAGUUUGUGCAAAGAGAAGACUGAUGGCAUUGUAUCUACUGCAUUAGUGCGGUGCACAUGUUAAAAUAAAGGUACGCUAUUAUUA